AAGCAACGAAUGACUUCUUGCUUACCAACCAAAAUGACGACUGUAGGUUAUAUUAACGCCUCCAACUUCGGUCUGAACACCACUCCCAAGACUGCAGUGCAGUAAGAAGCACCAGACAUCACCAGACAUCCGAGUCAGCGAUAGCGCAGCAUUAUCGGUGGUCUACUGGAUCACAUUGUCUGCAGUUACCUCGAUUCAACACCGUCUUAAAGAUGGUCUUCAAGUAUCAUUGUUUGGUGUGGGCCCUCUGCAUCAUCACUGAGGCUCUUGGGCAAACUUGCCAGCCGGCGACCACGGCAUGGAGUCGCCUCCCUGGAGCCUUGAAGCACGUAUCAGUGGGUCUUUCAGGAGUAUGGGGCGUCAACGUUCACGACAACAUCUACUACAGAGGCAACUCGUACGGUGAGGAAGAGAGCGCAACCUGUGCGGCCUGGCAACAAAUCGGUGGGGCUCUAAAACAGCUUGACGUGGGGAAGAACGUAGUGUGGGGCGUUAACUCAAACGAUAACAUCUAUUAUAGACAAGGCAUAUCCGCGACUAAUCCAACUGGUACGGGAUGGGCACAGGUGUCUGGGGCCUUGAAACACGUCAGUGUUAGUCAAAAUGGGCAUGUUUGGGGGGUUAACGUGAAUGACAACAUCUAUCACCGCAUUGGGGCAAGCAACUGCAACCAGGGCGGGGACUCUUGGAGGCAGAUUGGAGGGGCAUUGAAGCAGAUCUCGGUGGGUAACUCCGGGGUGUGGGGUGUGAAUGCGGGCGAUAAUAUCUACCACAGGGUGGGUACUUACGGUGACCUGCCCUCUGACCCAGACGGCACUGGGUGGAGACAGGUCUCAGGCGCGCUCAAGUAUAUCAGUUCGGCUGACAUGGUGUACGGGGUUAACUCGGGGGAUGCGAUCUACUAUCGAGGGGGUGUGACGCCCGCCACACCCUGGGGUAGCACUUGGCAUCAGAUCGGAGGGGCCGCGAAGCAAGUUGAGUCUCUGUCGUGCCUGGUGUGGGUAGUCAACUCCAGCGACAAUAUUUGGAAAAAGAAAACUGACUAAAAGGGAUUCUCGAUCAGGAAGGCAAACGUACGACACGCACUGCAAUUCAAACAGCAGUGUCAAUUUGACACCGGUGGUAUCUAUAUAGGACUACCGGUGUUCAAUUUACACUGCAGUUUUGCAGUGAAAACGGUACUGGUUUGAGACCUGGUUAAUUGACAAACACUUGAAAUUAAUAAAUGCAUGAGUUUUAUCUUCUGCUAAGAUUAUACUUUAAUUAGAUCUAUACAUCUGGGUUAUGUGUCUUUCAAGAAACAAAAUCAUGGUUUAAAGGGAAUAUACAACAUUUGCAAACAUCAAAAAA